CCCAGAGGCCGCCCCCGCCCCCUCCACGCAGCGCCGUGGUUCGUUCCGCCCUCCACUCGGCCCAAGAUGGCGGCGCCCGUCUGUGGUCUGGGGCUCCGGCCGCUGAUCCUGUCCUGGAGCCGGGAUAUGCCGUGUGUCUGGCGCGCGCUGCACACCUCCGCGGUCUGCGCCAAGAACCGGGCGGCUCGAGUCCGAGUGGGCAAGGGGGACAAGCCAGUGACCUACGAGGAGGCGCACGCGCCUCACUACAUCGCCCACCGCAAGGGCUGGCUGUCGCUGCACACAGGUAACCUGGAUGGGGAGGACCAUGCUGCAGAGCGAACGGUGGAAGAUGUUUUCCUUCGCAAAUUUAUGCUGGGCACCUUCCCAGGCUGCCUGGCCGACCAGCUUGUUAUAAAGCGCCGGGCAAACCAGGUGGAAAUCUGUGCCUUGGUCCUGAGGCAGCUACCUCCACACAAGUUCUACUUCCUUGUGGGCUACAGUGAGACUCUGCUGUCCCACUUUUACAAGUGUCCUGUGCAUCUGCACCUCCAAACUGUGCCCUCAAAGAUUGUGUAUAAGUAUAUCUAGGACAACCACCCUUUUUACAUCAAGCUCUAGCCUGCAAAGGACAGAAACUGGUGUAAAAGGACUGAAGUAGAAGUAGGGGAAAUACAUCCCCUCAAGUUGCUGUUGAAUAAAUAGACUCUCCAUGUUGUCUUGCUUCUUGGUCUGUCAGGGUCCAUCCAUGUUGUCGUAAAUGGCAGAAUAUCCUCCUUCUUCACGGCUGAAUAAUAUUCGUGUGUGUGUGUGUGUGUGUGUGUGUGUGAGAGAGAGAGAGAGAGAGAGAGGAAGAGAGAGAAAGAGAGACAUAUUUAUCUGUUCAUCAUUUGAUGAGUACUUGUACUUAUAUUGCUUCUACGUCUUGGCUAUUGUGAGUAAUGCUGCAAUAAAAAUUGGAGUUGA